AUGUCUCGAGUCAACGCAUUCGCUAGUACUAUCCGGGCUCAGCCUCCAUUGAGACCAACACACAGUCUUGGACGACAGAAGCACUCGCUCAGCUUUAAAAGUCUUGAGGACACUCGACUUGGCCGAAGAGCGUUCUCCAAGAAGACGCAAGACGCUCUCGAGCAUACCACUCCUCUCAAGGCUCGGAUUGUGAACCUGCAUGGCGACGGAGGCGCAGCUUCGCUGUCCGUCCCAGGCUACGAGAACUUUCGUCCGCCGCCAUUAUACGAGAAGGCACUCUCUGCUAGGACGGGACAAGGCCUGAGCAAGUUCGAUUAUGAAGCUUAUCUGCAGCAUGAAAUCGACAAGAAGAAGAACGAUAAGUCGUAUCGCAUCUUCAACAGUGUCAACAGACUGGCCGAGUCUUUCCCACAAGCACACCGCGGUUCCGCUGGCAACGAUAUCGUGACCGUCUGGUGCAGCAAUGACUACCUGGGCAUGGGAGGUAAUAAGCAGGUCCUGGAUGUCAUGCACAAGACGCUCGACACUUACGGUUUCGGCUCCGGCGGCACUCGCAACAUCUCUGGCCACAACGAACACGCAGUCAAGCUCGAGUCCACAUUGGCAAACCUCCACGGCAAAGAGGCUGCUUUAGUAUUUACCUCCUGCUUUGUCGCCAAUGACGCAACCCUGAGCACGCUUUGCUCGAAGCUCCCUGGCUGCACGAUCCUGUCCGAUGAGUCCAACCACGCCUCAAUGAUCGAGGGCAUUCGUCACGCCAAGGCCGACAAAGUCAUCUUCAAGCACAACGACCUGGCAGAUCUCGAGUCGAAACUCGCUGCUCUGCCAGUCUCAUCACCGAAACUGAUUGCUUUUGAGUCGGUGUACUCCAUGUCAGGCUCUGUUGGUCCAAUCAAGGAGAUCUGUGACCUUGCUGAAAAGUAUGGAGCGAUCACCUUUCUGGAUGAGGUUCAUGCUGUCGGGAUGUACGGACCAUACGGAGGCGGCGUCGCGGAGCACCUGGACUGGGAAACACAUGUGCAGGCAGAGCAAGGCAAGGCCAGCCGUAAAGGUACGAUCAUGGAUCGUGUCGACAUAAUCACUGGCACGCUCGCGAAGGGCUAUGGAGGCAUUGGAGGAUACAUUGCUGCCAAUUCUCGCAUAGUUGAUGUGGUGCGAUCUCUGGCUCCCGGCUUCAUCUUCACCACCUCUUUGCCGCCAUCAGUCAUGGCUGGCGCAAGGACUUCUGUCGAAGUGCAGAGAUCGUCUGUCAAAGAUCGCCAGCUGCAGCAGAUGCAUUCACGAAUGGUCAAGAAGGCGUUGACGGCCAAGGGCAUACCAGUCAUGGGCAAUCCGUCUCACAUCGUGCCAGUGCUCGUCGGCGAUCCCGUCAAGGCGAAGCAAGCGAGCGACCUCCUCCUUGACAACCACGGAAUCUACGUUCAAGCGAUUAAUUACCCUACUGUACCUCAUGGUCAGGAACGUCUCCGUAUCACACCAACGCCUGGGCAUACCGCAGAACUGCAAGCAGACCUGGUGGAGGCCCUCGAAAUUGUCUGGGAGCAGCUUGGCCUCAAACGUCUAGAGGACUGGACGGCCGAAGCUCCUACCUGGACGACAUUCGAAGGCCAGGCCACUAACGCCGAGAACGUAUGGUCUGAUUCUCAGCUUUCCCUGCCGGCAGAACUUGUGGAGUCGACGCCCCGGAGAAGUCAUGGUGAUCUGCAGAAGCCCAGCCUUGUUCAUGAUGCGAGGGAAGUGCUUGCGACGUUCUCCAAGAACAUCACCGGUGUUGCAGACGGCAACGUCUUUAUACCGAUGUGA